AACCCCUGUGCUUGCUUCUCUUGGCAUUACUGACCUCCAGCUGCAUGGUCACGUCUGCCACCCGGGCUAUGGCAGGGUACAAACACACUUGGAAAAUCAGUCUAGAUACCACAUACAGCAGAGCCAGAGGCACCAGGUGAAGCAGUACCUGACCCUUGAUACCAAACUGUCCAGCCAGACCCUCUCCCUGUCCCACUCUCACACAAUCCAGCCUGUGGGAGUGACCUCCAUCCUACGGAACGGACACAUGCCUCCAGUGAGCAGCAUUGGCACCCCGGAAAGCCCUGUCACCAAGCUGCUGGCCCUUGGAGCCGAACACGAAAAUGCGAUGGAAGAAGUUAUUGAAGACAUAAUCAAUAUGGAAUCAAAUUUUAAUGAUGAAGGGAUAGCGUGUUCUGAAACUCCUUUACUAAUGCAAAGAACUCUAUCUAGCAGCAUUUUGGAUAUAUAUAACAGUGACCAGGGAAUGGCACCAGCUAAUAUGGGUCUCACAAAUGCUUCUUGCCCAGCUAAUCUACCAGUAAAAAGGGAACUCACAGCAGAUACAAGAGCAAUGGCAAAGGAGAGACAAAAAAAGGAUAACCACAAUCUCAUUGAGAGAAGAAGAAGGUAUAAUAUUAAUUACCGAAUCAAGGAGCUUGGCACACUCAUCCCCAAGUCUAAUGAUCCUGAUAUGCGCUGGAACAAAGGAACUAUUUUAAAAGCAUCGGUAGAGUACAUCAAGUGGCUACAAAAAGAACAACAGAGAGCCAGAGAAUUAGAACACAGGCAGAAGAAAUUAGAGCAUGCUAACAGAAGACUUCUGCUCCGAAUUCAGGAACUGGAGAUCCAGGCACGUGCACAUGGCCUUCCAGUCAUGUCUUCACUCAGUGCUGUCGAUUUAGCUGCACAGGUCAUCAAGCAACAGUCUUAUCCAGAGGAGAACUCUGUAGACUACCCUCAACAAAUGCCUCUGGUACAUGGACAAAAUUCUGAUGUCUGCGAUGGAUCUACAGCCUUUUCUGAUCCGCUUUCCCACUUCACGGAUUUGUCCUUCAGUGCCGCUUUGAAAGAAGAACAACGACUAGAAGAAAUUUUACUGGAUGACACAGUGUCACCAUUUGGAACAGACCCACUUUUGUCCUCCACGUCUCCAGCUGCAUCAAAAGAGAGCAGCAGAAGAAGCAGCUUUAGCACAGAUGAUGGAGAUGAUUUAUGAAAGCAGAAAGGGUCUCAUACUUCUCUAAACCACUUGUUAAAAGACUGAGUUGAACGUAAGCAUAGUUUAUGCUUAUUUUAAAUACCUAUAAGGAGAGACACUGUAAAAAUCAAUUACUACAUGACAAGGGUUUCAAUCAGCCCUUUCUUCACAAGAAAAUAAGAUGGACAAGAACUCAUAUCCCUCUGCCCCAAAUCCACCCUCUGUUCACAGCUGACAUUUGCAUAAAUGUUUCUUCACUGGGAAUAUUUUUACUAUGACUUCAUGAUUUUUUACAGCACUAUGAAAACGGUUACUACAAAAGGAAUACCCAUGAUGCAAAACUGUAUUCAAGCUCUUUUCAAUCUACUUACACUUUUCUCUGCUACAAACACGAGUUUUAGUCAUUUGCUGAUUUCUUUAUUUUUUUAUAACUAAAAAUUCUACAAAAUGUGAAGCAACAGAGAACUAUUUAGGCUGGGAACUGUAGAGAUGUUACAGGUUUUAACAUCUAAAAAGUCAGAUGAAAAUGUUUUUACACAAGUAAGCAUGAAUUUAAACUAUGUGGGCUUCUCUUUAAAAGGAGAAAAUCCAUUAAACUUUCCAUGGAAUCCCAUUUCAUUUGUAGAAAAAGAACACUCUUUUAAGUAUAUAUUUUAAUGAUACUGAAUUAAAAUGGAAACUAACAUAAAGACAGUGAUUCAAAUGAACUCAGACACAAAAAGACACAGCGUUGCAGCAGAAAAACUGUGCGGAUAUACAAGACAGCACAGACACUCCAUGUUACUGUUAGCACAAUUUAAAACAAGUACUAUUCGUGACAGUGCUAUGUCAGCUACUUAUUCUAAGAAUAUUCAAACUGUGUCCUUUUUUAUGUGGAAAGAAUUGGAAUUCAGAUAGAACACUGGGCUGUUGGGUGACAAUUUUGGUGUCCUUUGACAGCACGGUGAGGUUUUUCCAAAGGGAUAUGUGCUUUUGAUCCCUGAGAGAAAUGACAAGAUUUCUGUUGCAUACACUAUAAACAUCAAGAAUUUAAUUUCAUAUUUGGCUUUGGACUUCCUGCAGAAAAGCUGGAAAGGAAGACUAGUCAAACUGAAGGGAAUAUUCAGAAACACUGAUGUGAUGCACUACCUCUCAUAACCAGCUUGCUAGGAGGGGACAUUCAGAAAACUCACUUCUAUGCAUAGAAAAAUUCUGGAGAGUGAUGUACAUUCCUGAAGAACAUUAAGUGCAACCAUUCCAAUUGUAAUAUUAAAAUAUGAGAAAAUAAACUGAAACAGGUUCUUCAUAGCUCUUCCUCAAUCAAAGCCAAAAGAUCACAUUAGGGAAUCAUUAUGGUUUAACCCCAGGCAGUAACCAAGCCUCACACAACCACUUGGUCACUGCCUAUCCAGAGUGACUGGGGAGAGAACUGGAAGGGUAAAACCUGUAAGGCUCUUGGGUUGAGAUAAAGACAGUUUAAUAGAGAAAACAAAAGCUGUGCACACAAGUGAAGCGAAACAGGGAAUUAAUUCACUGCUUCCCAUGGGCAGGCAGCUGUUCAACCAUCUCCAGGAGGGCAGAGCCCCAUGACAUGUAAUGGUGACUCGGGAAGUCAAAUGCUGUAACUCCAAAAUCUCCACUCCUUCCUGUUCCUUCCCCCCGUUUAUACAUUGACCAUGAUUUGAUAUGGUGUGGAAUAUCUCUUGGUUAGGAUCACCUCUCCUGGCUGUGUCUCCUCCCAACCUCCCAUGCACCCCCAACUUCCUCGCCAGUGCAUCAGUAUGAAAAUGCCUUGGCUGUGUAAGCUCUGAUCAGCAACAAUAAAAACAUCUCUGUCAGGCACAAAUCCAAAAUACAGCCCUAUACCAGCUGCUGUGAAGAAAAUUAGCUCUACCCCAGCUGAAACAACCACAGGAAUUCUGUAACGAUUCAAAAUAUGUUUCAAAAUUGUGUAUUAAUUUUGCUGUCACUGAGCCCGCCUCACUACAGAAGUGUCACAGGUUUGGAAAUAGUAAGAAGAUAUUAAAGUGGAUUAUUUUUUGCAUGAAUAUUUUAAGUUUUUAAAACAUACUAUCCAAAUCCAGAGCAAUUGUUUCUUACUAUUGCCUCUUUGGUUAUUGGCACCUGGGCCCUCGCAAGAGUCACUGUAAGGUUUGUGCACCUGCCAGGCCACAGCGCAUGCCUGACCAACCCUUGCAGUGUCACUGUAGUUUCAUAACCGGAAAAUUAACAGCUGGAUAAUACAUCACACCCAGAUGCUUAUGAAAGAUUAUGGCAUGUCCAAUCUCACAAGAAUAUUUAAAAUUUUAGGAAUCUCAAGGUUUUCUACGAGUUUGUGGAAACUACUUGGAUGUAAGGUGAGCUCUAAGCACAGACCUGACCAUUAGAAGAGGCUUUAAUGUACUCACACUUCAUGAAUCAAAAAAAUGACAACAGACAGGGUUCUGUUAA